CAAUUUUUCAGCAUAAAAGCUAAUAAAAACAAUAGUUUCUCCAAAUUUUCUCCAUAGUUCCCAGUUUUCACUUCACUUUCCAGUUCUCAGCAGGUAAUUUCAGAGACUGGAAUAGUGCAGCAGCAAAGCAUUCAUGCUAAAUGGUGAAAGGAAAAAUGAAGGGAAGACAAGAGGGACAAUCCUCACCUUCACCCUUUAUCUUGCUGUUCUUCUGUAUCGCCGGGUACACAGCUGCUGAGCUGGACAGAAGUGAAAAAGAGCGUGUUGUGGAGGCUCGUUUGCCACCCCUGAAGCUUGUGCACAUGUUCUGUGCCAUGAAAGCAGACGAAGGUCCAUGCAAAGCCAUCCACAUCCGCUAUUUCUUCAACAUCAAAAGCCGCAAGUGUGAAGUGUUUGAAUAUGGUGGAUGCCAUGGCAAUGAGAACAACUUCCUAUCGCUAGAGGAAUGCCAGGAGAAGUGUGUGGCAAAAGAAUUUCCUCAGAAGAUGGCAUUAGCAAAAAUUAAGGAGGCAUUGUUUCUAGGACAGCCUGACUUCUGCUUCCAUGCCCAAGAGCCGGGGGUCUGCCGAGGGUAUUUUACCAGGUACUUCUACAACAAAGAGACAAAAUUGUGUGAGGCAUUCAAGUAUGGUGGGUGCCUAGGAAACCAGAACAACUUCAGGAGUUUGGAGGAGUGCCAGAAUACCUGCCAAGACAACUCAAAUUUAUUGCCAGCUGUUACAGCAGAAGAGCAUCCCAGCACUGGGAACAGCAGUUCCCCAGCAGGAGAACAUCCCAGCACUGGGAACAGCAGUUCCCCAGCAGAAGAGCAUCCCAGCACUGGGAACAGCAGUUCCCCAGCAGGAGAACAUCCCAGCACUGGGAACAGCAGUUCCCCAGCAGAAGUACCCAGCCAGCCUCCUUGGAUUCUUGUUAAUUCAUUGCCAUCUGCUCCAAAUGAGAAGUCUAAUGCCCCGAACAGUAGUUCCCCAAAGGAGGAGCCCAACCAGGUCCCCAUUUUUUUUGAACCCCCUCCUAUCCCUUCUUUGUGCGCGACCCCCAUGGACAGAGGGCUUUGCAGAGCCAAAGAAUUAAGAUUCUUCUACAACUUCUCAACGGGAAGGUGUCACCCAUUUAGCUACAGCGGUUGUGGUGGGAAUGAGAAUAAUUUCACCUCCAGAAAGUCGUGUUUGAGGAUCUGCAAGAAAGGAUUCAGUAAGAAAAAAGGUGAAAGAAGAUUAAUAAAAAUCAAGAAAAAAAGAAAGAAACAGCCAGUAAAGGCCCUGGGCAUGGAAAUCAUCCCUGAAGCAAUGCAACUUUGAUUUUUAUGGAAAUGUGAUGUAAACCGCUCUUCACCUGUGAAUGAAAACCUUCAGUGUACACCAUUAAAAUGUAUUUACUGAUUGUUGUGAUUAUAUGUUACUAAGCUGCUUAUAUUUUUUAUGUAUUCCUCAAUCAUGUUAAUAAACAUUACCUCUUACUUUGC